CCGGACAUUACGUCACAGCGUCGGGCGGAAGCAGCUGUUUCUCUUCCAACAUGGCGUCUGUAACAACAGCCACCUCGGAAUGGAUCCAGUUCUUCAAGGAUGCUGGAAUUCCUCCCAGUCUGGCUGUGAACUACGCCCUGUCCUUUGUGGACAACAGGAUCCACAAGAACAUGCUGAUGGACCUGAGCAAGGAGAUCAUGAUGGACCUGGGCAUCACCGUCAUCGGUGACAUCAUCGCCAUCCUGAAGCAUGCCAAGCAGGUGUACAGACAGGAUAUGUGUAAGAUGGCCACAGAGGCCAUCACCUCAGGACAGACCAGCGUUCAGGCCGAGCUGAGGAGAACCGCCAACACGCCCGCCACGCGUAUGAUCGCCAACGCUUUGAGCCGGGAGUCCCCGCCGAGCACGCCCGUCCGUCGCCCUGACAACCGCCUCUCUGUGACCGUGUCCAACAAGCAGGCCGGCAAGAGCGCCAAAGCGGUGCUCAGCCGCCCGGCGGACGAGGGCAGCGGCGUGCCCGUGAAGCGCCGGCGCGUGACGGCGGAAAUGGAGGGUAAAUACAUCAUCAACAUGCCCAAGGGCACCACUGCCCGCACGCGCCGCAUCCUGGAGCAGCAGGCCAAGAGAGGAGUGAAGCGUACCUCAGUGUUCGAGAGGCUGGGGGCGGAAUCCAAAGCGGACACCACCACUGGCAACAAGCCCACCGGAGUCUUCAGCCGGCUCGGCAGGGGCGAUGAAGAGGACGCCGAAGUCAGAGCCGGGGUCCGAGGGGAAGGAGAGGACCUGGGUGCGGAGGAGGAGGAGGAUGAUGAGGAGGAGGAGGAGGAGGAGGAGGAGGAGGAGGAGAGCGAUGGCGAGGGCUCGGUGCUCCAGUACGCCGGCGUCCUGAAACGGCCCCUCCCCUCCCUGAAGCAAGUGGCGGCCUCCUCCAGCCAGCCGCCCCGCGAGCUGCCCGCCAAGGCCGCCCCCACCACCCUGCGUCGCCUGGGCAACAAGGCCAAGCCGCCCCCCUCCCCGUCCACGCCGUCAAACUCCUCCUCCUCCUCCUCCUCCUCCCCGGAACAUCCCCCGCCCACCAAACUCAGCGUGCUGCAGAGACUGGGCAAGGUGCCUCAGGCCCCGCCCCCCGGCGCCGCCCCCCAGCUGCAGUCCGACACGCAGGACAGCCGCGUGACCAGCACCCGGCCCAAAGCGCUGGCCAGCUCCAAGGUCAGCAGCAGCACCGGCGGGGGGGACGGCGGGGGGGCCCAGAUGGACAACGCCGGUGCGGUCAGCGUCUUCAAGAGGCUGGGCGCCAAGCGGACCUAACCCCCCCCCCCCCCCCUUUCCCCUCCCCCAAAUGUCUCACACCCUCCCCUGUUUUAACCCAUCACUCACCCGGCAAGCUGUCCCACCUCACAGUCCUCCACCAUGGGUUUAUAACCCCCCCCCGGACCCGGAAAGGGUGGUGCGCACGCAUGCCAAGUCGGUUAAAGUUCAUAUAUUUUUAAAAAGCAUUUGAUGUGUUUUAGUAAAGGGCGCGGCUUCUGCUGCCUCCGUGCUGCUCUGGGCAGCCCACCCUAAGGGCGGCAGGGCUUUUUGCGGUUGUGCAGGAGUAGGUUAGCUUGCCCGUGUCUACCUUUUGAGCACCCCUUUUUAUCCUAAGUGCUAUCCUAAGUGGCUUUAAGCUUCUACUCUUCCUUAACUUACAAAACCUGAUCAUGAGAAUCAUGUUUUUUUGUUUUUUUUUUCUUCUUACGGUUAAAUUUAUUAUAAUUAUUGAUGUGGCAUGGCACAAACUAACAUAGGAAUGCUUGUUUGACUCCCUUCUCCUUGAUUUUCUGUGUUGGUAACCAUAGAUGCGUAGCUACUAGAUGAGAUGCAAUCUGUUUCCGGCCCCCGAAUCAGUCCAAGGCGUGCUUGCUGUGAACCCGAGAACAGAAUAAAAAUCAAAGCGCCUCCUCGAAUAGAUUUGGGAGACUAAAUGGCAAUAGGGCUUACUGGCUCGCGUGCAACUAGUCCUUUUGCGAGCCUAACCUAGCCUGUGGCGAAGACGAUCGCGCUGCUGUUCGCUGAAGUUGAUGCUUGCCCGCUCGCCGGAAGAGACUGACGAUGAUGAUGUUGAAGAUGUCCUGCAUUUGGAUUGGUCGGGUACGGUCCCACGAGCGACGGCUAAAAUACCAGGAAGGCGGCCCAGGUAACUGUCUCAACCUGCAGGAACAUGUUUGUACCUCAGCCUCCCCUCGACCUGGCCGGCCUCCGCCCGUUCGCUGCUCGGCUGCAGCCGGGACCCUGCCUUGAGGAUGCGGGCGUUCAUUUUGAUACCUCCAUGAGCUCCACCACUUCACCCCCCCCCCCGGGUGUACGUCCGACGGGCGGGGGGGGGGAAAGCCUCGUUAAAAGAUGUGCCGGUUUACCAGCCAGCUGCGCCUCGGAGCUGGAAAUCUGCCUUGUUUCCCGGUCUUCUAAAAGCACCCAUACCGAACAGGACAGGAGAGCAGCGGUGGUCCUAAAGACCAGUUUCUGUUUUGUGCUCCAAUUGCAGAUUUUGUAUUUUCAUUUGACUUUUUUCCUUUUUUUCUUUUUUUUUAAAAAAUUAAUUAUAAUUGUAAUGCUACACCAGACCUUUGCUACACUGUACAGAUGUCAAAGUUGCCACAGGAAGAAAAAAAAAAACUGUUUAGCUGGGUAGUGUUUUUUAAAAAGUAAUGUAACAAGACCUCUCGUCUUGCAUAAGUUUUCAUGAGGGAAAAAAAAAAAAGUAAACACUGACAAACUUG